UUACAUAUUUUUGUAGAUAAUUCAAUUUUCGGAAUGAUUGAAAUAAUUUGUCAUCGUAAUUUUUCUUAAUUUAGAACCUUAAAAUUGAAAUAAUAGAAUGUAGACGUUUGUCAAGAACAUAGAUGAACAGAACGACGAACCGAAUUAAUGGUUGCAAAGAUCAUCGAUUCAGCGACGAUCCAUAUCAUCAACUCGUAGCUUAUAGUAUUUUGAAUAAAGUAUUGUAAUGGGGCAAUAUUAGAUUCGUAUCUUCGUGUUGAUGAUGCAAAUGAACAAGAUGAACCGUAAUUCACCCGAGGAAAUUUCAAACAUGGCAAUAAAUGAUAAGUUACUCGAAUGGGAGAAAUUGGAUAACGGUUCUUCCCCUCUGAGUACUUUUCAAAGAAAUACAUGUCUCGAUUUAGGAGACGAAGUGAUACCUAGGUUACUACCUACAUCUCUGAUUGGAGAUGACUAUAGCACAUCAGGUGAACAGGGUGAACAAGAUAUUGUAAUAGAAUCAGCCCAUCAAUUUUUAGAAUGGUACUCUGCUAUCAGUAACGACUGGCUAAACUCUGGCAGUGAAAAAUACGAACCUUAUUUAUCGGAAUUGAUUGAAAAAAGGAACAAGUGCACGGAUAUUUUACUAAAAGUGGAAGAAUCAAUCGAGCAAUUAAAUAAACUAAAACUCGAAUACGAGCAAGUAUCUGGUAAAACGAAUCCGUUAUUUACUACUAGUGAAAAACUAUCCGUAGAACAGGAAAAACUAUGUAAAGUUCUCAACAACGUGAAUGAAAAAUUACACCCGUUUCAAACUAUCGAAAGUGUUUACAAACGCUUAGAGUCUUCAGCUGUUGCCGUAACGAGUCCGGAUUUUCUUAGAAUAUUGGACGAUAUAGAUAAAUGUCACGAAUAUUUCUCUCAACAUGAAUCGUAUAGAGAAUGUUCGAGUUAUCAGCUUAAAACCAGACACUGUUUGUCUCGAGCUUUACUGGACGUAAAAUCUUACGUUACUAGUGUUCUAGAUACUUGUAAAAUGGUUCCUUCGGCACCAGUUUCCUUACUACCAACAUCUUCGGUGGAAGGUGCUACGAUUACUACUGCUAAGACUAGUAAAUUUAUAGCGCAAUAUGGAAGAUUUCAAACAGUAGCUGCUCGUUUGAAACCUCUCUUGACUCAGCUAGAAAACAGAACGGAAAAAGCCGCCGAGUACGAAUGUGCUUUAGAGGAAUGUCAAAAGUAUUAUUUCAAUGUAAGACAACAAAUUAUUGGUCCAUCGUUGAAAGAUUAUAUCCAGCAGUUGGGUACUACUCGCAUGGGAGAUUACUGCUCAUUAUUAAGAUCAUCUGCCACUUAUUUGAUUCAUUUAACUCAAGAUGAGGAUAAACUAUAUUAUCAAUUUUUCUCCAAAGCGUCCGUUUCUCUUUCCGAUUACAUCGAAUCAAUUUGUUCGAUAUUGUACGAUACGAUGCGACCUUUAGUCAUUCAUAUGAAGCAUAUGGAAACGUUGACUGAAUUUUGUUCCAUUUUGAGAGUUGAAAUUUUAAAAGAUCACGUCGAAAAUAAUCCUGGAUUACAACCCUUCGGUAACGUAGCCGAGCAGUUACUAAAAGAUGUUCAAGAAAGAUUAGUUUUCCGAGCUCAUAUGUACUUCAAAACCGAUAUUCUGCAAUUUAAUCCAUCUCCUGGAGAUUUAGCUUAUCCGGAUAAGCUUGAAAUGAUGAAGAACAUCGCUGAAGAAAUCAAAGCUCAAGAGAACACAUCACUGAGUCGUUACGAUUCCAGACUUUCAUUAGCUAGUAUCGGUUCUUGUGGCGAUUCUGUUCGUUCGAGUCGUCGUACUUCUACUCAUAGUUCUCCGGCCGAUUUGCACGGUAUGUGGUAUCCUACAAUAAGAAGAACACUGGUAUGUCUUUCGCGUUUGUAUCGUUGCGUUGAGAAUGCUGUUUUCCAAGGAUUAGCUCAAGAAGCUAUUUCGUGUUGUUUACAAAAUGUUAACGAAGCUGCCCAAACUAUUUCUAAAAAUAAAAGCGUCCUAGACGGCCAUUUAUUCCAAAUUAAACACUUGUUAAUAUUACGCGAACAAAUAGCUCCGUUUCAAGUGGAUAUGACCGUAACCGAAAUGAGCUUAGAUUUUUCAAAUUUAAAAACAGCCGCCUAUGGAUUAUUUCAAAGAAACAAACUGUUCGCGCUGAAUUCCAAUAACGCUAUUUUAGAAUUCAUUCUUCACGGAUCACCUUUAUUAAAAGAGAAUUAUCUAGAUUCUCGAAAAAUUGUCGAUAAACAAUUGAAAACCACUUGCGAAGCGUUCAUAGCGUAUGCGGCGAGCCUAGUUACAAAUCCGAUAACGAAUUUUAUGCAAAAGGUUCAUGAACACAGAACGGUUCAUUCUACAGAACCAGUUAAAAGCACAGCCUUCGGUAAACCAGAAAUGGUACAAGAAGUUGUCAAGGAAAGUGUCAAAACAGUCAAAUCUUUCAUAGGCAUGCUGCAACAUAAAAUGGAACUCUAUCUCGCAAAUCCGGACACGCAAUUCAUUUUAUACAAACCAAUCAAGAACAAUAUUAUAAGUUCUUUCGCCAAAAUGCAAGCAGUUCUGGGAGAAAACUACGAUACCGAAGAGCAACUCUUAAUUGGAUGCCCAACUCCUGAGCAAAUCUCCGUUCUUCUAUCGUCGACUUUACUGUCGAGAAAAAUUAGCACAAGUUCGAUGUGCUCCAGUAGGGAUGUACAAGAAAAUUCCAAAGAUCGUAUUCCACAGGUUGUUGGUCAAAGUGAUUCGUGAAUGAAAUUCACUUACCAAUUACUAUCGUGUUCAGUACUUUGAAGGAUGCAAGAGUUCAAUAUUUUGUUGAUAUUUUUUAUUGUUGAAAUCCAGUGCCUAUUGUUAUUUUCAAUUACGAAUUUACGAUCCGAGUUUACUUUUUAUUUAUUACAAAAUGGAUCACGCUGCAUGUGCAGAUUUCAGAAUAUCCGGACCCAUCCCACCAUUAUUUCAUUUCAAUUUUGUAGAUGACCAUCCACCUUUUUUUUAUAUAAUGUUGCAUUUUAUUGUCGUAUUGUAUUGUUUUGAAGUUUACUUUUAUAUUAAUUAAAUACCUACGUUGAAUUUA